AUGGUGUUGAGCCUGAUAGUAUUGUCAUGUCGUUGCAGUGAAUUCGACAUCCAUCGUCGCCGGGCCAUCGUCCUCCACUUCCCACGAUUCACGCUCGCAAAGGGACGAAUACCGUGAUCGAGAAGACGAGCUCGAGUCCGACUCUGAAGCCGGUACGGACGUCAAUGAUGCGGAGAAUGACUCGGACUCCUGGAGCAUCGCCUCGUCACGUUCUUCAUUGAUCGUGUUCGAAGAAAGCAUCGAAGAAAGCAUGGGGGAUUCGGAUGGAGAUUCGAUCACGGAGGAGGAGGACAGGCACGCGCACGCCGCCAAAGUCGACCAGGACUUUGCGAAACACGUCCAGGAUCGAGAGCGCGAGUCUCAAACAAUAAAAAAUCACUUCAUCAAACCUCGUCCCGAGCACGAUUCGCGCCACGUCAGCUGGACCGGUCGCUUGGGAUCGAGAAGGUCGGUUGAGGAGAUCGUGGAAGCGAUUAGGGUGGCAACGGUGAGUGCGGACAGUCCCCAUUUCAAGUCACUCAGGGUUCAGCAGUGGAACUGAUCUGGUCGAGUGAAACCGCACCUCCUGGCACGUAGGGGGGACAAUCUCGGCUCGUCGCAUGCCAUAAUGCGAAUCGGCCCUGCGCAGAGUGUCGCUUCGAGCCGGCCAACGAAGGGCCUUCGCUCGAUGAGACGCCUGACAUCGUCCUCCUUCCUCUCGAGGUUGUUAACGACAAGGACUCGGACUUUGUGGGGGCUUGGAGUCGCCUCAGGGAAGGCGAGAAGGAUAUCCGUGGCUGGAUCCACGUCACAAGCGUCGGCAUCAUACAUCACAGCGACAGCUCGCGACAUGCCCGUCGCGCCGUGCCCCGCCUCAAGCGCCAGCUCCUCCGAAUGCUGAACACGCCAAUCCGUGACUUUGCUCUCGGUUUCACUCUCUUGGGGUCGGCUCUUACCAUUUACACCCUCACGAAUCAAGGUCUUUUCUAUUCCCCACCCAUCGAGUGUACGCUCGAGAAUGGCAACCUCUCGACGUUCCUCUUCCGUCUCCUCGACAUGAGCAAUGUCGAACUCGGUGUCCGGCUGUCGUACAAUGGGAGCUUCAGCCUGGAGGGACUCAAAAAAAUCCCUUUGGACUGA